CCCGCACUCACAAACAGCCCAGGCUGGGCUCAGCCUGUGUUCCUGCGGCCGGCUGGGUGCUGCUCCCUUCUUGGAGGGAAAGCUCUCUUGGAAGAGCCAGAAAGAUGAGAAAACUGAGGUUCAGAGAGGAGGUGGGCCAGUCUACAGUUUGCAGUCCAGCCCUGAUUCGGCUCCUCUGCAAUAGAAAUAACGGUAACAGCUACCACUUAGAGAGCAAGUGGUAGUCAGGCUUUACAUUCACGAGGUGCCCGACCCCGCCAUGCUGGCGCUGCUGUGCUCCUGCCUGCUCCUGGCGGCCAGAGCCUCGGACGCCUGGGCGGACGAGGACCUGGGGCAGCAGAUCCGAGACAUGCACGCCAAAGUGACGGAGAUCUGGCAGGAGCUCACGCGGCCGCGGGGAGACGGCGCGCCGGACGCCCCGCUCUACGCCCACUGCCGGGUGCAGCCGUCGGCUUCGCUGGACGCCGCGCAGCCCCGCGUCACCGGCCGGGUCCUCUUCCGGCAGCUCUCGCCCGGCGCCAGGCUCGAGGCCUUCUUCGACCUGGCGGGCUUCCCCGCCGAGCCGAACAGCUCCAGCCGCGCCAUCCACGUGCACCAGUUCGGGGACCUGAGCCAGGGCUGUGAGUCCACCGGGCCGCACUACAACCCGCUGGCCGUGCCGCACCCGCAGCACCCGGGCGACUUCGGCAACUUCGCCGUGCGCGACGGCCGCCUCUGGAAGUACCGCGCCAACCUGGCCGCGUCGCUCACGGGUCCGCACUCGAUCGUGGGCCGCGCCGUGGUGGUCCAUGCCGUCGAGGACGACCUGGGCCGCGGCGGCAACCAGGCCAGCGUGGAGAACGGCAAUGCGGGCCGCCGGCUCGCCUGCUGCGUGGUGGGCGUGAGCGGGCCCGCGCUCUGGGCGCGCCAGGCGCAGGAGCACACCGAGCGCAAGAAGCGGCGGCGCGACAGCGAGUGCAGGGCCCCCUGAGCGCCCCGACUCCGCGUGCGCCCCGAGACCCCACCCUGCCUCUGAGUUCUCUCUCCGCUCCCAGAGACACCCCGCACCCGACGUCUUGCCCUCACCAUGGCUGAGGUCUCCCCCACAAACCCUCUCCACCCGAGGUCUCCCUGAAUGUGCUGAGACAUCCGCCCUUCCCUUCCAUCCUGAGGGCCGCUCAGACCCUCCUAGCCCCCCACCCGGUAGCUCUGAGGGCCUCCGAUUGUACUGAAAUACCCCAUGCACCCCAGGGUCUGCGGGACUCCCUGAGGUCCCUUUCCACCUGGACCCCCAUCCCCACCCUAUAAGCCCUGAGACCUCUCUGUGCCCUGACGACCUCCCCUUUCCCCUGCCUUUAGGUUCCUCCUAGGCGCUCUGAGACCCCUCCUGAGGUUGCCUAGGGUCCCCCUCUCCCGGCUCACCACUGCCCCUGAGGCCAGCCAGCCAGCCAGUGCAGUCCGAACUCAGGCCCCCUGCCCGGCGUCUUCAGCUGUGUCCCGUCCGCCGCCACUCCAGGGAAAGCUGUUCCUUUGGGGAAUGUUUGGCAAUCUUUGUGUUGCACAUUAAAAACUCAGCAGUUCAGUACCGCA